AUGGCCGCGGCCUGCACGCGAUGGGGUAUUUUCGGUGCGGGAAAAAUCGCCCAUGAUUUUGUGGUCGCUUUAAAAACUUUACCAGAAAACGAACACAAGGUUGUUGCAGUAGCGGCGCGUUCUCUGGAGAGAUCUGCCGAGUUUGCAGACAGACACAACGUCGAGAAAGCUUACGGCUCUUACGAGGAACUCGCCCGAGACUCGAAUGUAGAAGUGGUGUAUGUUAGUACAAUCCACCCCCAACACAAACCGCUUUGUAUACUAGCCCUUAAUAAUGGGAAACAUGUGCUUUGUGAAAAACCUAUGACAAUGAACCUUAAAGACACAAAGGAACUGUUCGAUCUUGCAAAGACCAAAGGAUUAUUCAUCAUGGAGGUGAGUGACCGCUGCCGAGUGUGGAUGAUGAAAUCCUAGCCUGGACCAGGCUCCUAGGUGUGGAAAAAGGGAAAAAGGCUAGAUUCACCUUCUUCCAUCUCCUGGCGAUAUUUAGGCCCCUUUCCCCAAACGGAGAGCCUGUUAAUAGGCUAAGGAAAUCCUGUUUUUACGGUCGCAAGCCGUAUUAAACGAUUUGCCUUCAGGUGUGGGUGGGGCAGGGGGCGUGAAACAUUCACGCCUUAAAUGGACUCUCUGUUUCGAAUAAGGCGCAUAACUUUACGCCCACUUGUGCUGCACAGGAUCCUAUUUCAUCACAAGGAAUCAGUAGUCUGUGCUAGGCUCUCAGAUAUAAGGAACGUCGCAAAAAUAUAACAAACAAAGCGAAAAUAAGCCCAAUCUGGGAUCUGCGUGCAUUUGUAUUUUUUCCUUCACUUUUUCUGAACGACUGCUGUACUAUCUUGGAGCCUGGAACAUCUUGUUCAGCUGAAUAUAUUUGGCUACCCUCCCUUUCUAGUAAGAUGUCUUCCUGCAGGUUGAAAUCCAGUUUAGACUGAGAGAGAACUCAACUGUAUCUAAAACAACUGUGUUUUGGAUUCCAAACAUUAUUCACAAUGGCUUGUAUUUUUUUGCAGGCUUUAUGGACAAGAUUUUUUCCUCUGUAUGCAGAUGUCAAGAACCUCAUAGAUUCCAAUGCUCUUGGGGAGCUCCAUUUGGCACUUGUCUCCUUUGGCUCAAAUGUAACUCACAUUGAGCGAUUGUGUGACCGAGACCAGGGGGGUGGGGUCCUUCUAGACAUUGGACUCUACUGUUUGCAUGUUGUAGAUAUGAUCUUCAAUGAGGAACCCCUAACCAUCACCGCUGUGGGACAGAAAAUGGCCACCGGAGUAGACUCAACAGUUGUAGUGACAAUGUUGUAUGAAGGCGAGAAAACAGCUUCUAUAACUAUGAGUAUUGGUGAGUACAAAUUCUCUGACAUGGCUGAUGUUGGCCUCCUUGAAGAAACUAACUUCUGUAAGAUCAUGACUGGUUUUAAAAUAUGUUUUGUGUCACUUCAGCUGCAGAUCUUCCCGGGGAAGCUACAUUUUCAGGAUCACAUGGCUCUGUCACUAUUCACAAACCUUUUCACUGCCCCACAAGUUUUACUUCUCCUGCUGACAGAAAGGAAUACCCUCUUCCAGAGCCUUCCAUGUCAAUGAACUUUGUCAAUUCUACUGGAUUAAGGUGAGAUGCAUUUUUCAUGGAUAAUUUNCUUCUAGACAUUGGACUCUACUGUUUGCAUGUUGUAGAUAUGAUCUUCAAUGAGGAACCCCUAACCAUCACCGCUGUGGGACAGAAAAUGGCCACCGGAGUAGACUCAACAGUUGUAGUGACAAUGUUGUAUGAAGGCGAGAAAACAGCUUCUAUAACUAUGAGUAUUGGUGAGUACAAAUUCUCUGACAUGACUGAUGUUGGCCUCCUUGAAGAAACUAACUUCUGUAAGAUCAUGACUGGUUUUAAAAUAUGUUUUGUGUCACUUCAGCUGCAGAUCUUCCCGGGGAAGCUACAUUUUCAGGAUCACAUGGCUCUGUCACUAUUCACAAACCUUUUCACUGCCCCACAAGUUUUACUUCUCCUGCUGACAGAAAGGAAUACCCUCUUCCAGAGCCUUCCAUGUCAAUGAACUUUGUCAAUUCUACUGGAUUAAGGUGAGAUGCAUUUUUCAUGGAUAAUUUGUUCACAAGCUACAGUUGACCUGCCUGUCUUAAAGAGAGUUCAGUUAGGGAAAAAUGACUAAAAUUCUGGCUUAAGGAGUUGUCCCUCUUUGGUGUCAGUUAAAAGACAGAGUAGACUGUAACCUUUUCAGGUGAUUAUGUGUAAAACAGUCAGCAAAGUAGUGAUGCUUUCAGGCAGUUGAUAGAGGUGUUUCUUUAGCUUGGCAAUUACUUACCGGUAAUGAAGAUUUUUAAGGGCAUUCUAAACAAAGGCAGAUUUAUGGGUGGUCCAAGGGGGCUUUGGUGUCCCCCCCCCCUUUUGUUUAUAAAAAGAUUUCUCAGUAAACUAUCUAGUAUUUAGCUUACAAGUGUCCUAGCCCCACCCCCUUCCUGAAGUUUCUAGAUCUGCCACUGCUGAAGAUUUCCAAGUUACACAAAGAAGCCAAAGUGACUUUCAAAAGUGAUCUCUCUUUUCUUGCAUUUGCUCUGGUUUAUUUUACUUUCAGUUUAUAUUUUUCUCAAAAAUGUGUCUGCUAAGGAUGUGCCAGACAUGAGAAAUUGGACCAAGGGUUGAGCUGACACGAGAUCAAAGUUUUUGAUUUGCUGGCAGGAGAUGCCACACAUAAGGCUUGAUAGUUAGCAGCUAUAGUGUACAAUAACCACAUAUUCAAACCUUUUUUCCUUCAACUUGUGUUUUAGGUAUGAAAUCCAAGCAGUUAGAAAAAGCUUAUUGGCAGGUGAAAUAGAGAAUUCAACUAUGCCUCGAAAGGUAACAGAAAAAGUAUUUUCCUGGAUGGACAAGAUUCGUCAGCAGUUAGGAGUUGUUUACAAAGAGGACUUGUAG